CAUAUACUUUUUAGGAAUAGUCUCGGUUGACACGUCCCUGGAUUUCGAAGAGCGAAUUCUCAAUCCCCAUCCCCAGUUUUGCUACCUAAACCUAGUAUCCUAGGUAGACACAAGAAGUCGGGUUGAGUCGUGUCAACUUUGAAAAAAUUGGGAAAAAAGUGGAUUAAAAGAUCAAACAGGCGGAUUCUAUUUGUGUUCUAUGGAAAGGAUCGUCGAGUGUUGCGAGUCGCGAUUCGUUUCAAUAAUAUAAACAAGUAAUCAGGAAAAGGGGUGAAUAGAUUUAAAUAGACUUUCGUUGACUCUAGUUGACUGCACCUCUGGAGGCGCCAGCUCGAUUAUUAUUUUAUUUUAAAAUCUCCUUACAUCCCGAAAGCCCCGAAAUCAGUGGAAUUAGGCACGUCGUCGACGUCGUGCCUCUGUCAAUUGGUGUUUCCGUGUGUGCCCGAGUGAUACAGAGGAUAUCCGAACUGUGGCACUCUUCAGCUAUUGCGAACAAAGUUCGAACUUGGAUCACUGGGAUGUCCGGAGAUCUGCUUCUGCUGUAAUCUAGAGCCUGUUUUUCAUCUUGCGAUGAAAAUCUCAAGUUCGAAGGAAGUAACGUGAAGGACUCAAGGAUUCCAAGGGGACACGACAUGGAUGCGACAUAGUGUUUUUGCCAUGUUGGUCACGCAGUCUCCUUCCCCCAUGGACAAUCUACCGAAUAUGUUGUCGGUACUUGAGGAGGAAACCAACGUGGACAUCGACGAGGUAUUCCCUCCGCACGUGGACACAUCAAACAUAAUCAUCCAACCCGAGUCCCCCUCAAGCAAGAAACAAACGCUCAAACCCUUUAACGAGGUAAACGCCCUGCUGCAAGCUGGCAGGAAGCGGGAAGUGAAGCUCAUCCUGAGGGAGAAUGCUUGGCCACUCAAUAACGGUAUCAGGGCGCAGCUCUGGCCUGCACUCUGCAACCAACAUGCUCACGGGAAGAGCAUGUUGGAUGGAUUCUACUGGGAUAUGGUGAGCCAAGUUUUAGGAACGACAGAGCUGCCAGAAAUGUCUAUUAUGCUGCCACCGUUCGUGGAUAGCACGCAUUGUCUUUCCUAUAACUUGACUAGAAAAGGCAGAAGUGUGGCGGACAGAAUCGUUUCUGUACUUGGAUAUGCUUGUCCUGAUAUUACUUAUAGUCCAUCUCUUUACCCCAUCACUGCACUUCUUUUACACUUCAUGCCAGAAGAACAAUGUUAUCACUGCAUGGCAAGUUUAGUAGCGGCAAAGGAGAAGAUGUUUAUUACACAAACGAAACUUCUGUACGAAGUCACCUGGAAAACCGUUGAGCAAAUUACGAAGAAGCACGUGAAAUCGGCAGCGGCGCACUUAACAAGGAAUUGCUCAGGCUCGAGAGCAGAGAGAAUUUACAUGGACUGGACUUGGUGGAUCUUGCAGUUGCUCCCUUUUCAACAUCUAGUCAGAGUUAUGGACUGUUUUCUCCACGAAGGCAUCAAGGUCUUCUAUAGGGUAGCUAUGGCUAUAAUAUUAUUAUUUUAUAAGCACUCUAAUUCGCAAAGUUCGGAAUGGAUGACUGAAAUCACCAAAAAUGGAGUGGAUGCGGCCCUUUCCAAAUUUUGCAGACAGAUACCGGUGACCCCAGCAAAAUUUCUGCGCACUGCAUUUGGAAUUCGAGGACUGAGCUCGGCGUACAUAUCAAGAGUAUUUUUACGUACAGAAAUGGCUUUAAGAAGUCGAAACGUACUGACCGGAUCGAGAUCUUUGGCUAGAUCACGAUCCACCGACAAUCUACCGACGAGUCAGUCGCAAGUCAAUAUUCAAAUGAUGUCACACACCCUCACCAUAAGAGAGAAAGAAUGUGAAGACACGUACAAAGACAGGGGUGCACACAGUCCUGGACCCCGCGCUCUCUCAAUGGGUGUUUACCCCAUACAAAGCAUUCGAUCUCAGAUUCUAGAUAUGAAUGAUUUGUUCACACUUUGGUCGUGGCUGCCUGUUAGGAUUACGAUGUAUCAACCGAUUUUACUCUACACCACAGAAGAGCAUGGCUGUUCACUCACGACUUUCUACGUCCGUGUUGAACAACAUGAACCAACUCUUUUAAUGAUCAAAACUUGCAACAACGAGGUAUUUGGGGCUUACUGUUCCACAAGAUGGUGCGAGAGAAAUUUGAAGGACGACAAAGGUCAGAGGCAAGCAUAUUUUGGGACGGGAGAAACAUUCCUGUUUAGUUUGUAUCCAGAACGAGCCAAGUAUCCCUGGGUAGGGAUGGACUCAUCCCAUAACGAUUCUCGAGUACAUCACUCAGCGGAACUAUUUAUGGCUGCCGACGCAAAAAUGAUCACAAUUGGCGGAGGCGAUGGUCAGGCGAUAUGGAUGGACGAGAACAUAAGGUUCGGCAAAACCGAUCGCUGCUCAACAUUCAACAAUCCACCACUUUGUGCCAGCGGUGACUUCGAGAUCAGAGUGCUAGAAGUCUAUGGAUUCGCCGGUGCCUAAAACCUGGAAUUGUUAGGUAUGUGACCAACAGCCAUGUAGCAACUUUCUAUCGUCGCCAAACCAUAAAUAGCGAGCGACUGAUACUCAGAUUAUGUAUUCUCGUGUGUAAAUAUACAAAGUAACGAUUUCUGUUACGCGUGACUACUCCACCAAUCAACCUGUCACAUCACAACCACAUUAGCUUGCAAAAACUUCAACUUUACAUACUUUUAUCCCGAAAAACGUAUCACUUCUUAGGCAGAUAGACAAAAGAAUUUUUCAAAGGCCUAGACAAUUUUCUACGCAUUCUUCCCCAACCCCCCUCCCCCCCACCCGCACCCUGAAAAAAAGAGAAAAACUAUAGAAGAAAUCAUAAUCGCAGUGGGAAAAUUUUGACAAUAAUCCAAGUCGCGCACCAAGUCGUAGCGAACGAACAAUUUACACAAAUACUUAACUUUAAUCGGACCAGAAGUAUCGUCACGCAUCUGUAUAUAUUUAUUUAAUGAUUUGAUAUCGUUAUAGUGCGAAUCCCCGUCGAUGUUUGUAUAAAUGUUUUGUUUCGUAACAUUUAUUUAAUUUAGCACUGUUACUCCCUUAGCUUUAAUCUUUAAUCCAUCGUUAGAGAGUUUGUUUUUAUAAUUAUAUAUAAAGUAUAAUAUAACACACGAUCUGUAUAUAUUAUAAAUAUGGAGUAUUGAAUAAUGAAUAUUAAAUAUGAGAUAUGAAAUAUUAAGUAUUAAAUACUUAGAUGUUAGACUCGGUUCAAUUGUGAUUGGCAGCCGAUGCUGUGUUAGAAGAUCGAGUAAAGCAGUCCUCGUGAUCACAAAUCUAUUAUCGAUCUAUUUGUCUCUUCAAUGUCGUGCGUGAAUGUGGCUGAUGCAUGGAUUCUUCUUUGAAUCCGAAACAUUUGUUAGUCCACGUUUCUAUGUGAUCUUGGUCUGCAUCAUAUUAACGCUAAUAACUCUUUUUUCCUCCCUUAACGACCAAAGAUAAUUAUUAUUUUUCUUUCUGUAUUUUUUUUUCUUUCUUUAAAUCAUGUUUCUCACUUUUCUGCGAUUACUGUUUCCGACUUGUACAAGGUGGCUGGACCCACUUUAAGUGCGCGAAAUUGACAGUAUGUAAGAUUUUUUCAAGCGCGAUUUAAUGUAUAUCGAUUAACGCUUAUUGUUGAGUGCACUGUGUGCACUCUUCAUCGAGGCGUGUUCGAUAUUGUACAAAGUACAUUCGGUAUAUUAUGCCAUUAGAUUCUAUUGCUUAGGAGUAAGAUGCUGCGAUUUUCCGCUAACGAGUCCCAUGCAUAUCAGUCUGCAACUGUCCGACUCAAGAGAAAUUUUCCAAAUAGUGAAGCUACUUAUUACUGGUAUAAAGACAAAUCAUUCUGCUGUUUUUUUUUAAAUUUUUUUUCCGCAAGGCUUUCGAAUUCGAGUGAUUUCCAUUUCGUAUACUUGUAAAUUCGGAAACUUCUUUUUUUUAUCAAUGUAAGAGGCUUCCAAGAUUGGUAUGUUUCUAAAUUGAAAAGCUUCUAAAUUAUAACCAACUUCUCCUCACGCAACUGAGCGCCCUUAGGACUGCUACUGCCGAUCCUUGCCAGAUCAAUCAAGAAUAAAAUAUGAAACAUAAUUUUUUUUUAUAUUCGAAAUCUACGAUAUAGGAAAAUUUGGAUAAAUGUAGGAAAAUUCAGUUGGAAAUGGCCUAAUUUUCAGUUAAAAUUACGGAAAAAUUUCGAUAAUACAUCUUAUAUAAAAAUUUACCCUUUUUUUAGCGAUUACCAAAUAUUUUAAACGAAAUUGUGGCAUCGCUAAAAAAAGUCAAUUUAUUGUAUUACAGGGUGUCUACCUUAUCUGGAAAACCUGGAAAACCUCGAAUUGUCAGAGAAUUUGUGUCAUAUUAAAGUGUUUAACACUGAUUGUUCAUUUGUAAAAGUAGCUUUAUAUUACUGUAUUCAGCUAUUUUGUUGAUAAUUCCCUCUUUUUUAAAAAUUCUUUUAUUUUGUAUUAAAAAUGUUAAUC